GCUUCUCUUGUGCAAUGGCUCAAGCUAAUCACUUUUGCUUGCACCUUGCUGGCAGUUAGUUUCCGUGGGGCGGCAUCCGAUUAUCGAAAGGUACAUAUAGUAUACAUGGGUGACCUUCCAAAGGGUGAAUUUUCAGCUGUAACUCUUCAUAAUAACAUGCUAGAACAAGUUGUCGGAAGCGGCGCAUCGGAGUUACUGCUACAUAGUUACCGAAGGAGUUUCAACGGCUUCGCCGCCAAAUUGACCAAUGAAGAGGCAGAGAAAUUGGCUGACAUGGAAGGGGUUGUUUCUGUUUUCCAAAGCCAAAAGAAGGAGCUCCACACGGCAAGAUCGUGGGACUUCGUCGGUUUCUUUGAACAUUCCAGACGUACGGUGCUGGAAAGCGACAUCAUAGUAGCUGUCCUCGAUACAGGGAUUUGGCCUGAAUCGGAAAGUUUUGACGAUAAAGAAUUCGGUCCUCCUCCGAAGAAAUGGAAGGGCAAUUGCCAAAAGUCGUCUAAUUUCACUUGCAACAAUAAAAUAAUCGGGGCAAGAUACUAUCGAGCUAAAGGAGAUUAUCCUUUGGAAGAUUUGCAGUCACCGAGAGAUUCCGUAGGUCAUGGGAGUCACACUGCAUCGAUAGCUGCUGGUGCUGUAGUUAGCAAGGAAAGUUUAUACGGAUUUCGUGCAGGGACAGUUCGUGGAGGAGUGCCAUCAGCUCGUAUCGCAGUAUAUAAAAUCUGUUGGUACGAUGGAUGUUACGAUGAAGACAUUCUCGCAGCAUUCGACGAUGCUAUUGCAGAUGGAGUUGACAUAAUCUCCCUUUCGGUCGGAGGAUUCUUUGCUUCUGAAUAUUUCAGUGAUUCGAUCGCUAUCGGAGCUUUCCAUUCGAUGAAAAACGGGAUACUAACAUCGAAUUCAGCUGGUAACGAUGGUCCUUAUUAUGCUUCUGUUGUAAACAUUUCCCCUUGGUCUCUCUCGGUAGGUGCAAGUACCAUAGAUAAAAAAUUUCAAACUCUGGUGAAAUUGGGUAAUGGUAAAGUUUUCAAGGGAACUUCGAUAAAUACUUUCGAUCUUAAGGGUAAAUUUUAUCCUCUCAUAUGGGGUGCCGAUGCUCCGAAAUAUAGUUCAUCAGAAUCCAGGGUUUGCUUGCCAGGCUCCUUGAAUGAGACCUUGGUAAAGGGAAAAAUUGUUCUUUGUGAUUACUUGGAUUUCAUGGAGGGACCAUUACAGGCGGGAGCUGUUGGUGCUCUAAUUCGAGACGAUGGAUUCAAAGAUUUCGCCUACACUUUCAUGUUGCCUGCUUCGGUUCUUGGACUAACCGACGGAAGUGACAUUUUGCACUACAUUAAUACAACGAAGAAAGCAGAAGCAGCAAUACUUCGGAGUACCGAGGAGAAAGACGAACUUGCUCCCUAUGUUGCUUCGUUUUCAUCGAGAGGACCCAAUAUUCUUUCACUUGACAUCCUCAAGCCGGAUAUAACAGCACCGGGAGUUGACAUAUUAGCAGCGUGGUCGGAGGCUACGACCGUGACAGGGGUCAUAAAUGAUAAAAGAAUAGUUCCAUACAAUAUAAUCUCUGGUACUUCAAUGUCUUGCCCGCACGCGACAGCUGUAGCGGCUUAUGUCAAAUCAUUUCAUCCGACUUGGUCCCCUUCGGCUAUUAAAUCAGCUCUAACGACAACAGCAUGGCCAAUGAGUCCUAAGACAAAUACCGAUCUCGAGUUCGCGUAUGGGUCUGGUCUUAUAAACCCAUCAUCGGCCAUCGAUCCAGGAUUGGUCUACGAUGCCGGGGAGAUUGAUUACAUUAAAUUUUUGUGCGGACAAGGGUAUAGUUCGAAACAACUUCGCCUUGUUACAGGAGAUAAUAAAACCGGUUGCACGAAAGCAACAAAUGGAAGUGCAUUGGAUUUAAACUAUCCUACAUUCGCAUUAGCUGUUAGUCUCUCAGGAGAUGAUACAUACUUCAGUCGUGAUUUUCAUAGGACCGUAACCAAUGUCGGAUCGCCGGUUUCGACUUAUAAUGCCAUCGUUAAUGCUCCGAAGGAACUCGACAUCAAAGUUAAGCCAAAUGUUUUGUCGUUCAAGUCCAUUGGAGAAAAGAAAUCGUUUGUUGUUACGGUUGCAGUGAAGGUUGGUCUUCCGACGGUCUCGGGUACUUUGGUAUGGGAUGAUGGUGUGCAUAAAGUAAGGAGUCCCGUUGUUGCCUUUUAA